AUAAAGACACAGGAGGUGGAAGCGGGACUGCCCCGCACGAGGGCCAAGGAAUCGUGUGUCCAUUGCCGGUCAGCUGUGACGGCUGCCACUUUGCCCAGCACCCUUUCUAUCUGUGCGCCCCAGCAUCCUCUUUCCCUGCUGCGGGAACUCGAGACCGCCUUCCCACACUGACGGCCACAGCUCUGAGGCCUGGCCGGAACCCAACAUCACCCAGCAGCGUGCUCCGCUGUCCCCUGGUCACCCCGUCUCAUUUGUCGCUGGAGAGAGGGGGGAGAGCUGAGUGUCCCCUUCCCCCUGUCCCGAGUGGGUCCUGACCACUCGCCCGGGCAGCUGCGUGCAUUCAAUGAUCUUCCCGGGACCGAGCUGCUGCUGCUCCAGACGUGCACCUCACAACUGGGGGGCCCCCGGGACCCCGUCUUCUUCUGGCCAGCCCGGCUGCUGCCUCCUCCAGCCCGUGCGCCAGGCUGCUUCCCCUGAGACCUCAGGCUUUGAAAGUAAGGAUUCCCGAGACGUCACAAGAGCGUUUUGACGCUGAGCUCUCCCUGACAUCGCCGACGUCACCAAAGCUUUGGCCUCACGUCAGAAGAACCCCCUUGGCAGGCGCUAAGAGGAGGCCACACAGCUGCCUGAGACUGGGGCACAGGCCUCGCCGUCGCCUGGACACACAGGCGCCUUGGUGUAUUCCUCUUCCUGAAGGAGCAAACCAGGUCUUCGGACGCGGAAGCCCUGAGCGGUGUUCAACCAGGCCCUGCUGUUCCUGCUGAUCGUGGCUGUGUGCGGGAUUCUGUACAAGAAGGCUCGCAGAGCGGCUGUGUCCAGCAGCGAGGCAGAUGAGGGCUCGGAGCCCCCAGAGGACGUGGACGAGGAGAUCCCGGUGGUGAUCUGUGCCGCGGCUGGGCGGAUGGGCGCCACCAUGGCCGCCAUCAACAGCAUCUACAGCAACACAGACGCCAACAUCGUGUUCUACGUGGUCGGGCUCCGGAACACUCUGUCCCGAAUACGGAAAUGGAUCGAACAUUCCAAACUGAGAGAAAUUAACUUUAAAAUCGUGGAAUUCAACCCUACAGUCCUCGAGGGAAAGAUCAGACCAGACUCUCCGAGGCCCGAGUUGCUCCAGCCUCUGAACUUCGUCCGGUUUUACCUCCCGCUGCUUAUCCACCGGCAUGAGAAGGUCAUCUACUUGGAUGACGAUGUCAUUGUGCAAGGUGACAUCCAGGAGCUGUACGACACCACCCUGUCUCUGGGACACGCAGCGGCGUUCUCAGGGGACUGUGACUUGCCGGCAGCUCAGGACUUCAGCAGGCUGGUGGGGCUGCAGAACACAUACAUGGGCUUCCUGGACUACCGGAAGAAGGCCAUCAAGGACCUGGGCAUCAGCCCCAGCACCUGCUCCUUCAACCCCGGCGUGAUGGUGGCCAACAUGACAGAGUGGAGACAGCAGCGCAUCACCAAGCAGCUGGAGAAGUGGAUGCAGCGGAACGUGGAGGAGAACCUCUACAGCAGCUCCCUGGGGGGUGGCGUGGCCACGUCGCCCAUGCUCAUCGUGUUCCACGGGAGACACUCCACCAUCAACCCGCUGUGGCACAUCCGGCACCUGGGCUGGAGCCCUGACGCCAGGUACCCGGGGCGCUUCCUGCAGGAGGCCAAGCUGCUGCACUGGGACGGGCAGCACAAGCCCUGGCGCUCCCCCGGUGCCCACACUGGCCUGUGGGAGAGUUGGUUUGUCCCCGACCCCGCGGGGAUUUUCAAACUCAGUCAUGACAGCUGACUCCGUACUGGGGACACGGUGUGGACACAGGGAGCUGCCCGUUGCCAGUCCUGCACUGUUCUGUGAGCACUGCCCUCCACCCGUACGCUCCUCCGACUCCUGCAGGAGCUGCAGAACCCACUGGGCGGGCUCCACGGACCUGGGCACAUCUCCUAGUGCGGGUGGGCAGCGUGGGGGUCGGGACACGUGGGAAGGAAGCCAGGGGUAUGGGAGCAGCGGUCACCUGCUUCAUAACCCUGACUGACUGGUAGGGCCACACUUCUUAAAAAUUCCUAAAUAGGUUUUUUGCAUCUGAGUAUAUUUUUGAAACAAGUUGCCUAUCUUGUCUUUUAUCAAAAUGAUUGCAUUUAAAAUGUGGAAACCUGUGAAAAUAAAGUAUUCGUGGUUUUGUA